ACGCCGCCCGUCCCCGCCCUUUCUCCAUUCCCCACCUCCGCCAUUAUUUAUACCCCCUUCUCCUCCGCCUCUCUCCGUCUCUCUCUCUCUCGCUCUCGCUUGCUUUGCUCAUCGCCUCCGCCGCCGCUCAGCACAGACAGAGCCGGCCCAGAUGUUCCUCACCGAGAAGUACCACGCGCUCCUCCCCUUCCACCACCACCGCAAGGCGCCGCCGUCGCCGUCGCCGGCGGUGGUAGCAGCGUCGGACGCGAGCUCGGGGUCCCGCUUCGAGGCGGCGCUCGCGGCGCGGCUCGGGACCCUGCUGCCGCUGCUGGCGUCUUCCUCGCCGCUCGCGCUCCUGGCGCGGGUCGCCGACCUCCUGGCGGCCACGCUCGCCGACGCCGCGCCCGCGCUCCUCGCAGGCGCCGGCGGGGACGCGUCCGCCGCCGCCGUGGCCGAGCACCUCGAGGCCGGGGUGGCGCUGCUGGACGCCUGCAACGCCAUCGCCGCCCGCGUCGACCGCCUCCGCCGCCGCCGCCUCCUCGCCCGCUUCGCGCUCCACCUCCUCUCCCCCCCGCAGCCUUUAUCCGCAUCCUCCACCGCCCGCGCGCGGGCCGCCCUCGCCGACCGCGCCGCCGUGGAUCCGAAUUCCCCGCCGCUCCCUUCAAUCCCUUUCCACCCUCCCCGCCGCCACAAGCCCGCCGCCGCCGCCGCGCGCGUGCUCCUCGCCGUCAACGCCGUCUCCUCCCUCGCCGCCUCCGCCGCCGCCGCCAUCCUCGACCACAGCAACACCAAGACCACAACCCUCCUCGUCCCCGUCACCAGCAACCUCCCGUGGGCGGAGCCCUUCAACGCGGUCUCCAUCAGCCUCUCCGCCCUCGCCCUCUCCUCCGCCUCCACCACCGAAGCGGACGCCGAGGAGGAAUCCGUCGGCAAGCUCGCGUCGGCACUCGAGAACGAAGAGGGUUCAGACGAGGCGGCGGUGCGCGCGGCCGCGAAAGAGGUGGAGGCGCGGACGGAGGAGCUGGCGGCGCGGCUGGACCGGCUCUCCGACGCCGUCAACGGCGUCUUCCGCGCCGCGCUCCGCCUCCGCGACGCCGAGCUCGGCACCUUCAUGGCCGCGGGACCCGCCCUGCAGACUCCGCGCAAAUAGCCCUUCGCUCGCUCGCCGCGUAAAUACCCCCUCACUAAUUACCUCCAGUACCACCAGUCUUGUUGUAUUAUACUCGUGUUAUACAGUAUACUGCGCCUGUAGCUACAGUCGUAUACAGUCAGGUGAGGUCAGGUCUGGGCAACAAGGGGAUUAUACAUACUGCGUGCGUGCGUGCGUCAAGAGGGUCAAGGAGGCCGCAUAUGAGAGGAACGAAGAAACUUUGCAUUUUGCGCCCUUUCGGAAAUGUGGAGUCCGGUCAGUGGGAAGAAAAGAAAACCGUUGCAAAUCCACCCCGUGUCUGUAAUUUUGCCGCUGUUUGUGAUGCCAGUUUAUGUAUCAUCAUCUUGUAUGAAACCACAGGCAACAAAUCUCCUCUAGCUAUAGUCCUCUUGGUGUAGCAGUUUAGUUGCUUC